CUAGCAGCCAAGAUCUUGCAAGAACACAAGCCCCUUUUGUUAGAGAAAAACUUUGAAGGAGACACCGCGCUCCACAUUGCGGCCAAAGCCGAAGAUAUAGAUACGACAACAAACACUCUUCUCCGUGAAGCACGAGGAACAACAAACAUUGAAAAUAAUGCUGAUGUAUUGACGUUGCUGAGGAUGAAAAAUAAUGAGGAAAACACUGCCCUGCACGAAGCCCUGAUUCAAGGUCACCAAUUAGUAGCCAAGUGUUUGAUAGAGGCUGAUCCUGCCGUUUCACUUUACACUAAUAAGGAACAAAAGUCCCCUUUGUAUCUGGCCGCUGAACAAGGGCUUGUUGAGAUAGUGAAGCUAAUAAAAGAAAAAGCAGUUGAGAAGGACACAGAAAUUCAAGGCAAGUCCCCGUUGUUUGCUGCAAUUCUAGGCCGCCAGAAAAAAGAAGUCCUAAAGAUAAUAUCAAACAUGGAAGCAAAUAUUUUGAACUCAGAAGAUGAGAAAGGGAGGACUUCACUCCAUUGUGCAGCAUCAAUUGGUUAUUUAGAAGGGGUUCGCUUCUUAGGCAGACGUCUCAAGGAUUCUCAUCGAAAGGAUCAUUAUGGGAACUUCCCGAUCCAUUGUGCAUCAAGCAAAGGUCAUGUCGACAUUGUUAAAGAGCUGCUUCGACAUUGUCCCGAUUCAAUGGAAUUGAGGAACUCAAGUGACCAAAAUAUACUCCAUGUUGCAGCAAGAUGUGGCGAGGAAAAUCUUGUCAAAUAUUUUCUCAAGAAGGUUGAGUUUCAAAUGUUGAUAAACCAAAAAGAUAACAGAGGAAAUACUCCUUUGCACUUGGCAAAGAUGUACCAUCAUCCCAAGGUUGUGCACCUUUUCAUUUUGGAUAGGAGGAUCAACUUCAAGGUCUUGAAUGAUAGGGGCAUGGCAGCUCUUGGCAUUUCAGAAAGCACUUUGGAAACUAGUGCAUCAUAUCAUGGG